AUGCCUCGAUCAGGACGCGUCUACGAAGGACCACCGUCUAGGAUCGCCACGAGGAUCGGGCCCACCAUCGCCCUGUUGCUGAUUCUCCUCGAGAAUCGUCGCGCGACCUGCUUAAUGAGCAACUCCGUGGACGAUUGGGCGAGCGGGAACGCCGUGGUCUGCAAGGGAAUAAUUCCAGGCCUGUCGAAGGAGCAGCGCGAGCUAUGCCACAGAAAUCCGGACGUGACGGUGGCGGCGAUCAAGGGCCUGCAAAUGGCUAUAUCGGAGUGCCAGCAUCAGUUCACGUGGCACAGGUGGAACUGCUCGUCCCUGACGCCCAGCAGCAGAACCCAGCAGAGCAGCGUUCUUCUACAAAGAGGAUACAGGGAGACGGCGUUCGCGUUCGCGAUUUCGGCGGCGGGGGUGGCGCACAGCGUGGCCCGCGCGUGCAGCAUGGGCCGGCUGCUCUCCUGCGGAUGCGACCCGUCGAGCUACAAGGGUAAGCCGCCGGCCAAGGCCAGGGGCACGCAAUGGAAGUGGGGCGGCUGCUCUCACAACCUCGACUACGGCAUGGAGUUCUCGAGACAGUUCCUAGACACGCGCGAGAGGGCCGGGGACAUACAGUCGACGGUCAAUCUCCACAACAAUCAAGCUGGCCGCUUGGCGGUGGCGAGCAACAUGCAAGUGCGCUGCAAGUGCCACGGUAUGUCGGGUUCCUGCGAGCUCAAGACCUGCUGGAAAGUGGCGCCGGACUUCCGGCUGGUGGGCAAGACGCUCAAGGACCGGUUCCGGAACGCGGUGCUGGUGGCGCAGAGCAACCUGGGCAGCGUGACCCCGUUGACCAGAGUACGGGGAUCGAGGAGGAGGAGGCCAGAUCGACACAGACAGAGGAAGCACCGCGGCGGCGGCGGCGGCGGCGGCGGCGGCGGCGGCGGCGGCGGGAAUGGCGGCCGCAAGAGGAGGCCCAGGGAUCUCGCGAAGCAGCUCUUCUACUACCAAAAGUCGCCCAAUUUCUGCGAGAGGGACCCCGCGGCGGACAUACCGGGCACCGCCGGCCGCAGAUGCAACAAGACCAGCUCCGGCGGCGACGGAUGCGGCAGCCUCUGCUGCGGACGGGGCUACAAUGUCGUCAGGCAACGUCGUGUCGAGAGGUGUAGAUGCAAGUUUCAUUGGUGUUGCGUGGUGCAGUGCCAGAACUGCACCGUGGAAGAGUGGAUCACUGUUUGCAAGUGA